AUGGCUGGGAAUGAUUUAUCAGAUGCUUACUACAGUAUUCCACGCCUUACCAGAUAUUGGUUUACUGCAACAGUCGUUCUUUCUCUCAUUGGCCGAUUCGGUCUUAUCGAUGCACUUAAUUUGAUUUUAUCUUGGAAUAAAUUUUACUAUGAUCUUGAGUUAUGGCGUCCAGUCACAGCCCUCUUUUUCUAUCCUAUCACUCCUCAAACCGGUUUUCAUUUUCUCAUCAAUUUAUACUUUCUCUACUCGUAUUCAACACGACUGGAAACAGGGACGUUUAGUAAUAAACCUGCCGAUUAUGUCUACAUGCUUCUUGUCAAUUGGAUUGUACUAACGAUAUCUGCGUUUCUUCUCAAUAUCUAUUUCCUUUUUGAGCCUAUGGUUCUCAGUGUAAUCUAUGUUUGGUGUCAACAUAACAAAGAUGUGAUUGUUAAUUUCUGGUUUGGGACGAGUUUCAAGGCUGUCUAUUUCCCGUGGGUUCUUGUGGUCUUUAAUCUCAUUCUACGUGGAGGCAGUCAAUCCUUCACCUGUGCCAAUUUUACUUCUGAUUUCAGCGCUACAAUGGAAUUGAUGGGCAUUUUUGUUGGCCAUGUCUACUACUUCUUUGCUCAUGAGUAUCCCCUGGAAUACGGUGGUUCCCAAUUUCUCAAGACUCCCAAUUUCCUGUACCGAAUGUUCCCUACAGAACGUAACUUCGUCUCCGGAUUUGGUGUUCCUCCACCACGACAUACUUCAGAUGACACGCCGAGUCGAGGUUUUCCAGGACGUGGUCGAAGCCUCAAUGAAUAG